ACCCUCGGCGAGGACGGGAGCCGGUGGCGAGGGGCUGCAGCCAGGUGUGCUGCCGGUACUGCCGCUCUGCCCGUUCGCCCGCCGCGCUUUCCGCUCCGUCGGCAGCACCAUGACCGUCGCACGGCUGGACCAGGGGCAGCGCUACCGCCCGCGGAUGGCUUUCCUGAAAAAGAUUGAAGCACUUAUAAUGGAGAUGCAGAAUCCAGACACGGGCAUCAAGACACAGACUCAGAGGGUGAUGAUCACAAACAUCCCACAUGCUGUGGCAGGUAAUGAUAUAUUUCAGUGGAUUCUCCAGCGUUUGCAGAUCACUAAUGAAGAGGCAUUGCACCUGGGGGACCUGUUUGUCAAAUAUGGCUACAUCUACCCUCUUCAGGAGCCAAAGAAUCUCACCCUCAGGACAGAUGGCAUCCUAUACAGGUUUCAAACCCCGUAUUUCUGGCCCGCACAAAGCUGGCCUGCUGAUGACACUGACUAUGCAAUUUACCUAGCAAAGAAGAACAUUAAGAGGAAAGGGAUCUUAGAAGAAUAUGAAAAGGAACAUUACAACAUGCUCAAUAAAAAAAUAAACUACAAGUGGGAUUUUGUUAUUAUGCAGGCCAAAGAGCAGUAUAAGGCAGGAAAGGAGCGGAAGAAGGCGGACAGAUACGCUCUGGAUUGCCAGGAGAGAGCCUACUGGCUUGUGAACCGAACUCCUCCCGGCAUGCUGGAUGUCCUAGAAUAUGGAAUAGACCGUGUAACGGAUCCCAAUGAAGAUAAGGUAAACCAGAAAAAAACAAUGGAUGUUUAUAGGAGAGAGAUUAUGUACUAUCAGCAGGCCAUCAUGAAGUCCAGAGUGAAAUCUUCUGUCUCCCUUGGAGGGCUUGUGAAGUACUCUGAGCAGUUUCUCUCCAAUGAUCCUAUCCUGUCUGGAUGUCUCCCUAGCAACCCCUGGAUAACAGAUGACCCUGAGUUCUGGGAUCUCAAUGCAAAGCUAGUGGAAAUCCCCACCAGAAUGCGUGUGGAGCGAUGGGCCUUUAAUUUCAGCGAGCUGAUACGAGACCCAAAAGGUCGGCAGAACUUCCAGCUCUUCCUGAAGAAGGAGUUCAGCGGAGAGAACCUGAGUUUCUGGGAAGCCUGUGAGGAUCUCAAAUAUGGAGACCAGUCCAAGGUCAAAGAAAAAGCAGAAGAAAUUUACAAGCUCUUCCUUGCUCCAGGGGCUAGGCGCUGGAUUAACAUCGAUGGCACAACAAUGGGCAUCACGGUCAAAGGCCUCAAGCACCCUCAUCGCUAUGUUUUAGAUGCUGCUCAGACCCACAUUUACAUGCUGAUGAAAAAGGACUCCUAUGGCCGCUAUUUAAAGUCUCCAGUAUACAAGGAAAUGCUGGCCAAGGCUGUUGUGCCACAAGAAACUGUCAAAAAAAGUUCCAAUUUCCCAUUUGGACGCCGUCAUCUCCGCUCCAGCCCCAGCCCCAUCAUCCUGAGGCAGCAGGAGGAAGAAGCCAAAGCCAAAGAAGCUGCCACCACCGUGGACAUCACGCAGCCACAGCUCGCCUCCCCGGCCCCUCAUCUAGCCAUCUACACCGGCCCCAGCAGGCUGCCUCCCAGCCCCACGGCCCUGCCCCACAGCACUGCCUGCCCCUAUCCCGUCAGCAUGGCGCUGGAGAGCACCGAGCUGCAGCAGGAGCCCAGCAGUGCCGGGCACAGCCGCGUCCCCUCAGCCGCCGGGAAGGCGGGAGCCAUGGCGCCCAGCAGGCCCCGCGUGGCUGCGCUCUCCUUCGGUCGCUUCCUGAGGAAGGGCUGCCUCCACUCGCCCAUGUUGGCCACGCUGUCGCCGAGAUGCCCGGCCGUGCCCCACAGGAAGGUGCAGCCGCUGGGCGGGAGGGAGCAGCAGCUGCAGCAGAACAGCACAGCGCUCAGCAGCUUCUUCCAAAUAAAAAUGGACGUUCCUCUGGAGAGCCGAAUCUGCCCCAUAGACUCUGAGGGAGAGGAUGGGCAGCAGCGGCCCCAUAAGGACUCUGCGAAGGAGGUGAUCUGCCCAUGGGAGAGCCCCACAGAACAGGGCAGGGCUGGGUAACCAGUGGCCUCUGAAGCAGAUGGGAUGGGAUAUCAGCUGUUAAGAGAUGCUGCUCACUGAGGUGAUGAGCUCUGCCAUGUAUGGCUCCAUACCUGAGCCGUGCUGCUGAAGAAAUGCAUUAGAGCUGUCCUUCAGCGUCAAGGAAGCUCAAACUACCCCAGCUGUGAAUAAUGGGCCCUGAUACACCCGUGUGUUUGUAAUUCAAGAAUUCAAAGCAUUUCUGGACUUUUUCCUUCCUAUCUUUGGUAUAUUCAGAUCCCUUCAUUACAAACUUCUUGAUAAAUGAACCUUGUUUCUUGCCUUAUAGCAGAUGGAGAAUUUAUGUCUGUAUAUCCUGGGAAAUGGUCUUAUCUGAAUUACUUUCUUGGCCAUGAGGUGUCAGCACGCUGUACACAGCACAGCUGGAGCAGAGCUUGCAGGCAUUUUUCAGACUGGGACUAAGACUUCAAGCACCAGGUUCAUUAAGAGCCAGCUAAUAGCUGGGGCAAAAAGAAAGCAACGCUAAACCCUUCCUGAGAAGCCAUAGAAUAGCAUCAUGUCUUAAUGAAAACCAAAAAGGAUCCCAAAGAGCAAACAGUGCAGGAGAGCAGCAGAGGCUCCUGAGCGCUUCUCUAUUAACUCCACUUUUCCUUUUGUGACUUUUUAGUGCCAAGGUGGGUCUGAAAUCACAGAGAACAGCACCCCUGCAGCGCCUGGGGAGGGCAGCAGCAAGUCUGUGUUGGCAUGUUGAGCCUCUCCAAGCUUAGACUGAGGCAUCGCCACCAUUUAAGCUGUGUUGUUCUCAGGAGUGUUAGAGCACUGCUUUCCAGACCACGUGCCAGCGUUUCAAGAUGUAUUUCAAGAUGUUUUUUUUGUGGAGGGAUUUCCCAGAGGUGUUGGCUGCUAUUCUGUGAAUUGCCACGUGGCCUUUGACUUUCAGUGUUGCGAUUCCGUACUUCUAAUUGUAAAUGGAGCUUUGCCUGUGUGGCUGACAUGGUCCAUCAUGCAGCCUUCUGCUGUAGGAUGUAAAGUCUCCCUUCCGUCAUGCUCAGUGGUCCCCACCCCCAUGACAGGAGGUAAAGCUGCUGAUCGGUGCAUUGUAUGGGGCUGACUUUGCAGAGCUUAGAUUUGUGGAAUCAUAGAAUCAUUCGGGUUGGAAAAGACCUCCAAGAUCCCGAAGCCCAACCUCAUCCCAUCCCACUGUGCCCACUGACCACAUCCCUCAGUGCCACAUCUCCAUGGCUCUGGAACACCUCCAGGGGCAGUGAUUCCCCCACCUCCCUGGGCAGCCUGUCUGUGUGCAGAAAGCACAGCCUGUUUGAGUGGUGUGCCAGGCUGUGAGGACCUGCUCCUAAAUUUGGAUGCUCCAAGAUCUAUAGCAUCGUUCUCAACUUCAGAGUUCUCCUGAUCUCAGGGCAGUUGGGGAAAAAUGACAGACUGUGACAUCUCCAUUGCCAAAGUCUCUCCCAGAGGAGCAGAACCCUGCGCUACCCCCUACUUUCCUUCCUUAAGGACCCUGGGCACCCACUGCCUGCAGGUUGUAAACUGGAGCUCCACAGGCCGCACAUCCCCACUGCCACUCAGUGCUCACACGGUGACAUCUGAGGCUCACAGCCCCGUUGGAGGCUGGGCAUGUUGGAGUCAGAGUGCUUUCAGCUCCAGCAGUUCAGAUCCCCUCGCUGUGCAGUAGCCCAUUUAAAGCCACCUGGAGUCACCUGGAAGAAUCAGCUCACUGCAGCAACUUACACAUCCAGAGUAUUCCGAUAAUGUGAGGGAUGUGUAAGGUUAAUGACUGGAAAAAGUGAUCUCUCCCUGUGGGCAGUUUCUCAGAAAACUCCCUGCUGUUUGGCUGAGAGAAGAAAGGAGGCUGCGGCGGUGGUGAGGAUCGCUGCUCACUGCCUGCUGUAGGAGGGGGCACACGGCACAGCGCUGGGAGUGCUCUGCACCUGAGCUGCCAUGCUGCCAUUGGGCUCCAGGUAUGGUUUGAAUGCACGGGGAAGGACAAAGGACGGUCCUUAAUUAAUGAAUGCUCUGCUCCCAGGUGGAGGUCCUGUGCCCUGUGCCAGUUUGGGCUUCUCCAGUCUCCUUUGCUCAGCCUGCCCCACGGGCACUGCGGUUUGUUGUGAUCAUAUGUUUAUACUUUCCUUGUCCUCGGUUGACUGCAAGAGAGGAUUCUGGGGUUCCCCACAUCCCGGACUGCCUCCCAGCAACCUCAAGGGGACACUAUUGGGACGGGAUGGGAGCAGCGGGCAGUGCUGGCAGCUCUGCCACCUCCAGGGCUGCUCCUCAAUGGGCACACAGCACUGGUGCGAUCCGAAGGCUGGAGUGUGGGAUGGCAUCCCCGUGGAGCUGAACCUCUGUUACAAUACCUGAAUUAAAAACUGUUCUCCAGGCGAUGGACGUCUCUCAAAUCUCCCCCCAAACCUGACAUUUCCCUCUAUUCUCUCCAGCUGGGACCCAAACACCAAAAGCACCAAGCACCUCUCGUGUUUUUUUCCCCCAAGUCUCUGACUCUGCAUUGCUCAAGCCUCAUUGAUUUAAAAAUGGGACAAAGAAUGCUCAGCAUCCCAUAGGAUCAGGCCUCGGGAGCAGGAAGCACCGGUCGGCUCAGGAGAGAGCUGGUUCCCAUGAGAUUCAUGGGGUGGUUUCAGCAGGCUCCUCCUGCCUGAAAUGCUGGCUGUGGGGAACAGCUGGUCCAGAGCAUCACUGCAUCCCCCAGUGAGACGGAACCUCGCAGUGUAACAGUGCUGUGGGUGGAACUCACCUCUGCGCAGGGGCUGCAGUGUGUGUGGCAUCCAGCUCAGGCCCUGGAAUAGGAUAGGUUCAGGGCAUCCUCGCCCCAACCUCUGAACGUCUGAGUGUCUGAAUGCUGAUAAAUACAUUAUGGAAAAGUCUCCAUGAGUCAGCUUUUUUGGGGUGCAGAGCCUCGGGGAUGCAGGAGGAAAUCCAGGCAGUGGGGGAGUUUUCCCAUUGCCUCCGGGCAUUUGUUUUAUGCAUUUUGCACUACGCCUGGCCCGGAAGCAGAGGUGAGCACCUCAUAGGAUCCCUUUUGGGCUGCAGGUUCCCAGAUCUCUUCUACACCACACCAAAGAGGGAAAGAUAAGCUAUUGCAAGUCAGUUUACCUUUUAAAAUUCAUGUUGCCAUAGCAGCUUAGCACACUGUCUCAAGUCCUCCUUCUUGCAAAACUUUGAUCACCAUGAAAACAGAAUUAUGUUGUUCUCCAACAUGUUCUACAUAGAAAUAUACCAAAGUUCCUAUAGUUCAUGCUUCAGCAUCUCUGCAAAGACCUCUUUUAUUGCUCCCUCACAGCAUUUCCCAGGCCAGAGGACAGCACUGGGCUCUACAGCAGUGUGAAGCCAUGCCCCCAGUGCCCAUCUAUCAGCUGAGCUUUUGCUUCCAGCAGUUUCCAACACACAACAGCAGCACUGAGUCCAGCUGCCAAUCCUUCCCAUGGAUGGCAGCAAUACCCCCUCCCUUGGCUCUGCUCUUUGCCCACCAGCUCUGUCCCUCCCGGUAGUAUUAGAAGGGGGCACCUGCAUUUAAUCUCAGCAUCCUCCUUGCUGGAGCAGCUCUUGCUCCUACACCUUCCCUCUGUUGCACUGUGCUGGGAGCAAUGGAAAGAGUUUUCAUAAGCACCAUCACUUCCAAUCCUGCUCGGAGCAAUCCUUUUGCUUUCAUUGCGUGUCCCAUUUUCUGGCUGCAUUCGUGCUAGUGAUGCUGGAAGUGAGCAAAGAAAGAAAAAAAAAUUAGACUGGACACGGACAAAUUUGCAACAACAACCUAUGCAGUCACUGGGUUAAACAGCACAUUAACCCAAGCUGCCAUCCUGCUGUUGUUGUUUGCAUGACUCCAUCUCCCCACACCAGGUGAGACCCUUCCAGGCCAGGACUGGGAGAGGGCAGUGGGAUUUCUAUUAGUGUGCACAGCCAGACUUCUUCUCAUCAGCUUUUUCUUCUUCUCUUCUUUUUCCCAAUCAACUGAAGGGAAAAAAAAAAUAAAAAAGGAGAAGAAAAAAUUGGGGUAAAAGUUGAAGAACACUUUAAUUUAUAAGAAAAAGAACUAAAUAAUUGAUGUAGUCAUGGUGCCAAAGGUAAUUUCUGCUGCUCCCUCUAUCUCACAAAGACAUUUAGCAUUGAUUGAGAUCAAAGUAUCAAAAACCCCUGCUGCUGAGCUGAAAGGCAAAACUUUCGGCUGCCUUUCUCCGCUCUAAUAAUAUCGUCUUUAUGUAGUUAAUAAACUGCACACUUCAGUCAAACUAUAUCAUUACAGAAGACUUAGGGAGCUAAUAAUUUAAAAGCAAAGAAUUGCCUCUGUUCUUCGCUUUGAACUAAACAACAUUCUGUUGAAUGAAGGGGACAUCAAAGCUUUGUUACUAUUACCAAUGUGGCUGGAGCAUAGGGCCGCACAGAGUGUGUACUUCAGUCAUCAAGAGAAAAAAAAAAGAAAGAUUAAAGAUAUUGGCUUAUCAACCCACAGGCAGAACCAGGUGUUUUCUUUUCUGCUGUGCAAGCAUCAGGUGGUUUGCUUAUCAAUGAGUUUUCUUGUUAAAUAAACGUACAUGACUUAGGCUGGUCCCUCCCA